AUGCCGAACAUUGCCCUCUCCGCCCGCCGCCUCUCCACCCUGGGUGGCGGCUCCCCCUCCAAGGCCAUGUUGGCCGGCGCUGGCGCCGUCCGCCGUCUCCAGACCCAACCCCAUAGCCCGUCGACCGCACCCCCCUCACCAAUGUCGGGCAUGGGCAUGAUGGGUGGACGCAAGCCCAGGCCAGAGGGUAACAUCGGCUCGGUCUUUGCGUCCCUCUCUGGCGAGCAGGAGGUUGUCCUCCCGGAGCGUUUCCUCGACCUCAAGCGUGAAAUCAUCGGCAGUGCAGACAACCAGGCCGCACUCAAGGCGGCAUGGCGCACCCUCAUCCCACGCCUCGCACAGCGUGCCGAAGAGGCCGAGAUCAAGCAGCAGGGCACCAUCCCGACCGUGUCCUACGACGCUCUCCUCAGCGGCGACGAGGCUGCCAUCAACCGCAUCAAGGAGUGCGGCACGGCUGUCGUCUCUGGUGUCGUCUCGGAGGCAGAGGCGACCGGUUGGCUGCGCGAACUGGAAGAGUACAUUGCCGCCAACCCCCAGGUCAACGGGUUCCCCACCGACGACAAGCAGGUGUUUGAGCUUUACUGGUCCAAGCCCCAGCUCGCUGCUCGUGCCCACCCGCGCGCCCUGGCCGUCCAGCGCGCCCUCUUGGGUCUCUUCUCGCUCGGUGCCAAGGGCGACGACACCGAGGUGUCCCUCGCCCCACUCAUGUACGCCGACCGCCUGCGGAUCCGCCACCCGGGCGACUCGCGCUUCGCCCUCGGCCCACACAUGGACGGCGGCAGCGUCGAGCGCUGGGAGGACCCCGAGUACCGUGCGGUGUACGCCAAGAUUCUCUCUGGCCAGUGGGAGGACUACUCGGCGUGGGAGAUUGGACACCGCGCGUCGGCCAUUCAGAACAUGUACGAAGGACCCGGUGCAUGUGGCGUCUUCCGUGCGUUCCAGGGCUGGACGAGCAUGUCCGACACUGGACCUGGUGAGGGCACUCUGCGUGUCUACCCCUUCUUGAAGGAGAUGACGGCGUACACCCUCAUGCGACCUCUGUUCAAGGAGAAGUCGCCCCGCUCCGCCCUCACCAAGGAGCAGUACCUCUCGCCUGAGAACUGGGAGCUGGACCUCGAGACGAGCGCCUUCCCCAACGCCCCGCCCGCGCGCAGCCAGGAGUUCAACGACGUCUCGCACCCGCACCUCGAGCUGUCGCGCUCGGUCGUGUCCAUCCCGCGCGUCCGCCCCGGCGACCAGGCAUGGUGGCACGCCGACGUCAUCCACGCCGUCGAGCCCACCCACGCCGGCAAGGGUCCCAGCGCAGUCAUGUACAUUCCCGCCGUGCCCGUGACGGCCAUCAACGCCGCGUACGUCCGCGACCAGCGCGAGGCGUUUGAGCAGCGCAUCCCCCCGCCCGACUUCCCCGGAGGUGUCGGCGAGCAGGGCUUCAAGGGCACCGGCACUGCCAGCGACAUUGUCGGCCUCGACGCGCGCAGGGCUGUGGGCCUCGAGAGCUUGGCGAUCGACCCCGACCUUCGUCACGGUGGCCGCGUCGCUCGCGAGACUGCCAACAAGAUCUUUGGCUUCUAA